AUGGAGGCAUUUUUUGAGGAAAACAGAGAUUCAUACGUUAAGCAGGUGGCUGCCUUCAAACCUGCGCCAAGCCAAGGCGCAAGCGCCAGCACCGAGUCGGGUGGGGAUACAUGCAUAGGAGCACGUAUUCGGCCGCUGCUACCAAAAGAGAUCGAGGACCACGAAGUUGCUGGCGUCUGCGCACGAUCUAAAGAGGGGUAUGCAGAUGUCCACGAGUUACGACGUAAAGUCAAUGGCCAGGCAGCAUUAAACUCGUCCAGUUUCCGACUUGACAAAGUGUACGGGCCAGACCAGAUGUCAGAAGAUGUCUAUCAGGACCUUGUUGCACCACUGGUUCCAUGGGCGUGGGGAGGUGGAAUCAGCACCUUGUUUGCCUACGGCCAGACAGGAUCCGGGAAGACGCACAGUGUCAGCGAGUUGGAGAAACUGGCCGCUGCCGAACUUAUGAAUGGCAAGCUUGAAGGAGGCCGUGAUAUAUACAUCUGCGCGUUUGAGCUAGUUGGAAAGGAGGCGUUUGACCUCCUAAAUGACCGCCGAAAGAUUGUUGUCAUGGAAGAUGCCUUUGGCGAGUCUCAACUUGUAGGUGCUAUUGAGGAAAAGCCGGCCACUGCAGAAGAACUUCUUUCGCAUAUUGACCGCAGCAUGUCUUUCCGAAAGACAGCAGCCACUGUCAAGAACGAUAGUUCGUCUCGCUCUCAUGCGAUGGCCUGUUAUAUUGAUCUUGCCGGGAGUGAGGUAGAUAGAGACGUCAAGGAGCACUCCAAAGACCGGAUGAAAGAGACUCGAGAUAUCAAUAUGUCCCUGUCAACGCUGAAGGAUUGCAUCCGGGGUAGAGCAAUGUGGAAUAUGACGGAUGGCGUGGCCUUGAACAAGAGGGCGAUGAAUGUCCACGUUCCGUUCCGGAGUAGCGUCCUUACGAAAGUGCUGAAGCAUGUCUUUGACGUGAAGGGCGACCGUUACUGCAAAACUGCUAUACUGGCGUGUGUUAAACCCAACGCAGCAGACGCCGGACCCAGUAAGAACACCCUACGAUACGCCGAGCUCCUCCGGGUGCCAGCCCCAAAGACCAAGCCUGCACCCUACAAUGUCAAUAUACCAAGCACUUGGUCCCACCAAGCCCUAACAGAAUGGAUCGAGAAGAACUCCGGCACCCCAGCCAUCUCUCCCGCCCUCGUCGCCCCCACCGAAACAGGAACCCAACUAUGCAAACUCCCCAAAGGCGAGUUUGUUGCCCGCUGUCUCAAAUCCCCCGAUAUCUCCCCCGAGCAUGCCCGCGCCUUCUACGACAAGUUGUGGCGUCUGCACAUUGACUCGCGCAGCGCCCGUAACGCCGCCUCUGAGACAGCCCCUGCCGUAUUGCCAGGGGACGCGCCGGCUACGAAGUCAGAUGUGCCGUUUCAGGAGCGUCUGCGGCCGGGGAUGAUGGUACGAAUUAAGCCGGAAUUUGGGGGGUAUACAAAGUACUACAUGAUUCUUAGUCCCGAUGGCGCAUUUGAAAAGGAUGCGGAGAGCCGAGAGGAGGUUAUGGCUAAACGAAUAUAUAUCUGCGCGCCUGUCGUGGACGCUGUGAUGUCGGAUGCGUAUAAUCUGGUUAUGGAGAUGCCAAAGCAGGUUGCUGUGGACGCUAUGGAGGCCGAGGUUUUGAUGGAAUGGGAUUCCCCAACUCGGUAUUGGUUUAUGACGAUUUAA